AUGAAUUUAUCGUCACCUAUUCCUUCUGAUGCAGCUCAUUUAUUAAAUUCACAAAUAUCAUCAUUUGGUGGUAGAAAUAUUUCAACUCCUGCUCCACCAAUAUUAAGUGAUCAAUCAUCACAACCCAUACCACAACAACAAAGAUCAAUAGUAUCACGUAAUAGAAGAAGAUUAGAUAUUCCAAAAGUAGUUGAUGCUACAUCAAUAAAAGUUGAAGAAUCUUUUCAAAAUUUUAUUGAACAAUUUAUUGAUGAAGAUGAAAUUAAUAAUGGUUGGAAUGGUAAAAUAUAUUUAGCACAAAUUGAAUCAAUGAAAAAUUUCGAAUAUAGUACUUUAUAUGUAAAUUAUCAAAAUUUAUUAAGUGUUGAAAAUGGAGUUUUAGCAACUGCUAUAUCUGAACAAUAUUAUAGAUUUUAUCCUUAUUUAUUAAAUGGUUUAAAAAAAUUAUUAAAAAAGUAUGCUCCAAAUUUAUUACAUACAAAUUUAUUAGGUGGAUCAAAUAAUAAUGAUGAAGAAGGUGAAAAUAUAAGUGAAAAUACUUCAUCAUCAACUUCUUCAAUAUCAAAUGAAAGAGUUUUUCAAAUUUCAUUUUUUAAUUUACCAACAAUUCAAAGAAUAAGAGAUAUAAAAUCAAAUAAAAUUGGUUCAUUAAUGUGUAUAUCAGGAACAGUAACAAGAACUUCAGAAGUCAGACCAGAAUUAUAUCGUGCAUGUUUUACUUGUGAUAUGUGUUCUGCAUUAAUUGAAGGUAUUGAACAAGUUUUUAAAUAUACUGAACCAACAUCAUGUCCAUCAUGUGAAAAUCAAUCAUAUUUUACUUUAAAUAUUUCAAAAUCUCAAUUUAUUGAUUGGCAAAGAGUUCGAAUUCAAGAAAAUUCAAAUGAAAUUCCAACAGGUUCAAUGCCAAGAACUUUAGAUGUUAUAUUAAGAGGUGAAACUGUUGAAAGAGCAAAACCUGGUGAUAAAUGUAAAUUUACUGGUUGUGAAAUUGUUAUACCUGAUGUUUCUCAAUUAGGAUUACCUGGUGUAAAACCUCAAUCAAUAAAAGAAAAUAGAGGAUCUGAAUUAAAUUCUGGUAUUACAGGAUUAAAAUCUUUAGGUGUUAGAGAUUUAACUUAUAAAUUAGCUUUUAAUGCUUGUCAUGUAACUUCAAUGAUUAAUAAAAUUGGUAAUGAAACAGAAAAUGAUUCAAAUGAUCAUGAAAUUUUUUUAACUUCUCUUAGUGAAUCAGAUGUUUCUGAAUUAAAAGAUAUGGUUAAAGAUGAACAUAUUUAUGAUAAAUUAGUAAGAUCUAUUGCCCCAGCUGUAUUUGGUCAUGAAGUUGUUAAAAAGGGAAUUUUGCUACAAUUAUUAGGUGGUGUUCAUAAACAAACAGUUGAUGGAAUAAAUUUAAGAGGUGAUAUAAAUAUUUGUAUUGUUGGUGAUCCUUCAACAUCAAAAUCUCAAUUUUUAAAAUAUGUUUGUAGUUUUAGUCCAAGAGCUGUUUAUACUUCUGGAAAGGCAUCAUCAGCUGCAGGAUUAACUGCUGCUGUUGUUAGAGAUGAAGAAAGUGGUGAAUAUACAAUUGAAGCAGGUGCUUUAAUGUUAGCAGAUAAUGGUAUAUGUGCAAUUGAUGAAUUUGAUAAAAUGGAUAUUGUUGAUCAAGUUGCAAUUCAUGAAGCAAUGGAACAACAAACUAUUUCAAUUGCAAAAGCUGGUAUACAUGCUACAUUAAAUGCAAGAACUUCAAUAUUAGCAGCUGCUAACCCUAUAGGUGGUAGAUAUAAUAGAAAAAUUGGGUUACGAUCAAAUUUAAGUAUGACAGCACCAAUUAUGUCAAGAUUUGAUUUAUUUUUUGUUAUAUUAGAUGAUUGUAAUGAAAGAAUUGAUACUCAAUUAGCAUCUCAUAUAGUUGAUUUACAUAUGUUAAGAGAUAAUGCAAUAAAUCCACCAUAUUCAGCAGAACAAUUAUCAAGAUAUAUAAAAUAUGCCAAAACAUUUAAACCAAAAAUGACAAAAGAAGCAAGAGAUUUUUUAGUUACAAGAUAUAAAGAAUUAAGAGAUGAUGAUGCUCAAGGAUUGGGAAGAUCUUCAUAUAGAAUUACUGUACGUCAAUUAGAAUCAAUGAUUAGAUUAAGUGAAGCUAUUGCAAGAGCUAAUUGUACUGAAGAUAUAACUCCAAGUUUUGUUGCUGAAGCUUAUGAUUUAUUAAAACAAUCUAUUAUAAGGGUUGAAAUGGAAGAUAUUGAAAUUGAUGAUGAUGAUGUGGAACAAGAUACUGUUGCAACUGUGGAAACUGUAGAUGGUGAAACUACUGAACCAGUGAAUCAACCACCACCACAAAGACAAACACAAGAGUCAACAUCAAUUUCCUACGACAAAUACGUAGAAGUAAUGAAUAUGUUAGUUAAAAAAAUAUCAGAUGAUGACAAAAAUGGAGGAGAAGGAUUAACAGCAGAACAAUUAAUAGAUUGGUAUUUAUUACAAAAAGAAGAUCAAUUAUCAAGUGAAGCUGAAUAUUUACAAGAAAGAAGAAUAGGUUAUAAAGUUUUAAAAAGAUUAGUUAAAGAUAGAAUAUUAAUGAGUGUUUCAAAUAAUGAAAAUGAUUCAUUACCUCAAUCUGGUGAAGGUGGUAUAAAUUCAAAUACUGUUUAUAUUAUUCAUCCAAAUUGUGCAAUUUUAGAUUUCUUUGAUAGAGAUGAUAAUAAUGAUGAAGAAAGAAGAGAUGAUGAAACUUCAUGA